AGGUAAUAUAUUAUUAUUCCCUAAACUUUCAAAGAGACUGUGACCCAAACACCACUGCAAUGCCCCUGAACACAUGCGAAUAUCAGCUGCUGUUUCUGCUCUGCUUUCUGAUGAAAAGCUGUCAUGCUUUCAAAAACGACGCCACUGAAGCGUUUCACGGGCGCGUGCUUUCAGACUCCCACGAGACUCCAAAUAAUGCCUCUUUAAAUCGAGCACGCAACGGAGGGAGACGCGCGGACCCUAGAGACCAAACCGAACAGCACCAGGUCGGUUGCAGGGAGCUAAGAUCCACUAAAUACAUAUCUGACGGCCAAUGUACCAGUGUGAACCCCGUGAAAGAGUUAGUAUGUGCCGGGGAGUGUCUCCCCACACACCUUCUGCCCAACUGGAUUGGUGGCGGUCACUACUGGAACCGACGGGACGCACAAGAGUGGCGUUGCGUCACUGACCGCACGCGCACCCAGCGCAUCAAACUGCAGUGCCAGGACGGCAGCACGCGCACCUACAAGAUCACCGCUGUCACAUCCUGCACGUGCAAGAGAUACUCGCGCCAGCUAAACGACUCCUCUCAUGCAUCUAAAAGUCCAUUGAAGGAUCAUCCUCUGCAGAAUCCAAAGAAGAAAAAGAGCAGAAAUAAAAACGCAAAGCCUAACCUUAAAUGAACCUCACACGUGUAGCGUGCAUAACGUCACAAUGAACUGAUACUGUUGUAGACUUUACAAGCGCAUCCCUGAUCCUUGAAGGAAACCGAAUCUGAACUACAAUUACACUGACUUGGAUUGCAACAAGAGCUGUUUUCACUUUUUUCCACAUAGACUCUUUAUCAUCCCUGUGUUGUAUGUUUUUAUGUUUAUAUGUGUGUGCUUUAUAGGAUGAUUAAUAUUUGUACAAACAUAACCAAAUUAUGUAAAACAAUUACAUCAGCAAAAUUUGGGAACUGGUUUGGAAAUAGAAGCAUUACUACAGCUAUAUAUACAUUUCAUAUUUACUAGUUUUAUAUAUUUUUAUACAAUAGCUAUAAUGAAUAUUUUUGAGUUCAAAUUUAUUGCAUGUAUAGAGUACAAUAA